AUGUCUUCCUCUUUUCAAUAUAACGACAUCUACAACUUCCCUGUGCACGCCUUUAAUAAGGUGGUCGAGGGGGAGGAGGUUGAAGAGAGUGAAGCUGAAUCAGAGGCUGAAGAGGAACGGGAAACUGACAGCGAAGAAGAUGAAGAGAUUACCCAGGAAGUGGAAAACGAGAUGGAUAAAGAAGAUGAACACGUGGAUGGUGCUGCCGGUGAUGUUGAAUAUGUUCCCUAUGAAGACUUUGAAGAAAGUGAUAUCGAAGAUUUAGAGGAUAUUCGGUUAAGCGAUUAUAACACUGGAAGUGACGAUGGAAGUGAAAAUGGUGACAUGUCAGAUGAUUCUCUGUCGUCGUCUGAUGGAGAAGACCGGCCACCUAGAAAGAAGCAGAAGCCACACAAGAAGGCACCACCAAUUUCCCAGAAUAAACGACGACAAACAAAUGGAUUUCUGAUUAUUAUUUUCUUUCUCUCUUUUUCCCAACAUCCAUUCCUCUUUUGUGCACCUCUCUCUUCUGCACUUUUUUCUAUUCCACUUCUCUAUCUUCUGCAUUUUUCUAUAUACGCAUACACUCACUGA